UUAAAAAAAAAAGUGCUCUGUUUUGGGAAAUGUGCUGUGAUUUAAAAAGGAGGUUUUUGCUUCUCUAUGCAACACAAAAGGGGCAGGCAAAAGCCAUAGCUGAGGAAAUACGGGAGCAAGCAGGAGCCCAUGGACUUGAAGCUGAUAUGCACUGUAUAAGUGAAGUGGACAAGUAUAACCUGGAAACAGAAAAGGAUCCUGUAGUUAUUGUUAUUUCCACUACCGGUACCGGAGACCCACCAGACACUGCCCGCAAGUUUGUAAAGAAAAUUCAAGACACGACUUUGCCACCUGAUCAUUUCGCACAUCUCCACUAUGGAUUGCUAGGUCUGGGAGAUUCAGAGUACACGUUCUUUUGUAAUGGUGGAAAGACAGUAGACCAACGCCUUCAAGAACUUGGUGCCCAGCACUUCUACAACACAGGAUUAGCAGAUGAUUGUGUAGGUUUGGAACUAGUCGUUGAUCCUUGGAUUGAUGGACUUUGGCUUGCCCUCAAGGAAGCAUUUCUGUUGCAGAAAGAAAAAGAAGGCAUGAGCAGCAAUGCUAUUUCUAGCUCUCUCUCCGCAGCCCCACACGUUAUGCAUGAACUGAACUUAAGCUCAGAAGUACAGAACUUGAAACUAGAAGAUGAGGGAGUGAGGAGUUCUGCUGUUCUGUCACAGAAAUUGGUUGACAUAAAUCUUGUGGCUUCAACUAGAGACACUGAACCUUCACUUGUUCAUUCUGUGCCUCCUGUCUCUCAGUCUGCUCUUAAUAUUCCUGCCUUGCCACCAGAAUAUAUAGAGGUGCAAUUUCAGGACACCCAUGGUGAGAAUCCACAUCUGUCCUCACUGAUUUCAGAGGGAACAACCUUUGAAGUGCCAGUUACAAAAGCAGUUCAACUCACUAGAGAAGAUGCAAUAAAAACUGCAUUGCUCUUAGAACUUGAUAUUGCAGAUACAGUCUUUGACUAUCAACCUGGAGAUGCCUUCUGUGUAGUAUGUCCCAACAAUGUCAAUGAGGUGGAAGAACUUCUUCAAAUCUUGGGACUUUCUGAAAAAGGAGAGUAUUUCGUUUGCAUAAAGGUUAAGCAGGGCACUAAAAAGAAAGGAGCAACUCAUCCACAACACAUCCCUGAAAGAAGCACUCUGAAAUUCAUUUUAACCUGGUGUCUGGAAAUAAGAGCAAUUCCCAAAAAGGCAUUUUUGCGAGCUCUUGUAGAAUGUACCAGUGAUGCAGGAGAAAAACGGAGGCUUCAAGAGCUUUGCAGCAGACAAGGAGCCUCUGAUUAUACACGGUUUAUUAGAGAGUCUAAUGUUUGCUUGCUGGAUUUACUUCAUGCUUUUCCAAGCUGCAAGCCUUCACUUAACCUGUUAAUUGAGCAUCUUCCUAAAUUACAAGCCAGAUCCUAUUCAGUGUCAAGUUCAAACUUAUAUCAGCCAGGAAAAUUAUGUUUUGUGUUCAAUAUUGUGGAGUUUCCUGCCUGUCCCGCUAGACCAGUCUCACGGAAAGGAGUAUGUACAGGCUGGCUUGCUGAGUUAGUUGCGCCUCUGCUGCGCCCCGGUACAAACACUCUGCAUACAAAAGGAGGAAACCCUUCAACUGAAAAGAUACCUAUUUUUGCUCGUCCAAACAAUACUUUCCACUUACCUGCAGACCCAUCUGUCCCGUUCAUGAUGGUUGGUCCAGGAACAGGGAUUUCACCAUUUAUUGGUUUCCUACAACAUAGGCAAAAGCUCAGAGAGGAACAUACAGACUGGGAAUUUGGAGAGACCUGGCUGUUUUUUGGUUGUCGGCAUCAAGAUCGAGACUAUUUGUUCAAAGAUGAGCUCAGAUGUUUUCUUGAAAAUGGCACAUUAACUCAUCUUAAGGUUUGUUUCUCAAGAGAUUUUUCAAAUGCCAAAGAAGUAGCCCCGCCGAAAUAUGUGCAAGAUGUCCUUAGGCUUUAUGCUAAGGAAGUUGCCAGAGUCCUGCUGAGAGAGAGAGGUUACUUCUAUGUAUGUGGAGAUAAGAAGCACAUGGCUGAUGGUGUAAGUGAUGCCGUAGUGGACAUUUUAAGCAUGGAAAUGGAAGUUGACAAAUUGGAAGCAAUGAAAAUCCUGGCCACGCUUCGAGAAGCAAAACGAUAUUUGCAGGAUGUUUGGAGCUAA